CUCUUCUUCUGCGCAACCCACUCCUUCUCUACAGAGAGGAGCCUGCUCAAGAUUUUUGCGCGCACCUUGACCUUAUUCAAUCGGAGUACUCAAGCACCCCGACCACGUUCUUUCUCUUCAACUCCACCAACCUCUCCAUCCCUCAAUGCACCAAAGCUUCGCUCACCACUAAGCGGACACCAUCGUUCAGUUUCCGCUGACUUUGAGCGUCUGAAAAUGGCGUUCAGUUUCGGCUCCUCCGCCGGCCCCGCUGAGGGAGCGGCGCCAACAGAGCUCUCAGAAUUCUAUACGGAUGAAAUCGGAUUCAAAGGACUUUCUGGCGAUGCGAACAUCCGCCUUCUCCCCACCUCCUGGCCACAAGACGCACUACCCUCCCCGAACACCUCUCUCUUGACUGUCGCGCAAAGCAAAGGCAUCGUUGUUGGCGCUGGCCCCGACUGCCUGGUUGUCGCGACCACCGACUCAAUCAGGAAAGCCAUCGAGGCUCCUUCCACGGGCGAAGACAAAGUGAAAACUAAGCCCUUCGAGCCGCAAGCCACGAUCCCGCUUCCCGCACGCCCAACCCAUGUGGCCUUCACAGCGAGCGACGAUGCGUUGAUUCUCGCGACGGAAAACGGAUCUCAGAUCACAGUUUUUCAGACGGACACUUUGCUACAAGGCAAUUCACAACCAGCGUUGUCGGUUCCGACAAACGGCGUGUCAAUACGGUUCCUUGCACCCAAUCCAGAUCCCACUUCAACCUUCGUUGCAUUGGUCACCACCAAUGGGGAACUCCUCGUCGCAGACUUGAAGGCUGGAAAUCUGAUCUCUGGUGCAAACGGCCCUAUACUCCGAAACGGUGUUAGCUGCGUGGCAUGGAGCAACAAGGGAAAGCAGCUUGUGGCUGGUAUGGCGGAUGGAACAGCAGACCAGAUGACCCCAGACGGCACAAACAAGGAUCAGAUUCCUCGCCCGUCUGAUCUGCAGGGCGAUUGUCAUGUAUCAUCUAUCGGAUGGCUGGAGAAUGAUGUAUUCUUCAUGGUCUACACCCCGAAUGUCCCGGAAGACGACAUGGGAAUUCCCGCGUCAUUCUACUACAUCAUCACGAGACGGAAACAGGCACCUUUCUUGAUCCAGCAACUGCCGGAAAUCUGCUCGACAAUGGGAUUCAUGAUGAAACGUGCACCGGCAUACCAGUUCAUCGUGAGGUUGCGUGACUUCAAGCCACACUUGAAGGAUGUGUUGAUGGUUGCAUCAACUGCCUCGUGUGAGAUUGGUUUGAUUGUUCGGUCUGAUGAGCAGCUAGGCGAAAAUGCUGCUGGGCAAUUUGCGGUCGCGAUCGUCAACGACGAUAUCAAAAGGGCAUCUGCUCCCCUCACCGACUCGGGUGAUGAAACGUCGGUGAUUGGCUUGGCUCCUAACCUGUCCAGCAGGGAGAAUGUUCUUGCACCCAUCAUGGGAGAGGACAUUCAGGAGAGCGCAACCCCCCUACCGGCGCUAUUGCUUCUGAACAAUGAGGGUAUUCUCUCAUCCUGGUGGUUUAUCUACACGGAGUCUAUCCGUCAGAAAGUCCCUUACUCCGGCCUUGUCUCAGCCAGUAAGCCUUCACAGAUGCCAUCACAACCGGCUGUCGCACCUUCAGAGCCAGCUGCUGCUCCCCCCGCACAACAGCAGCCCGCCUUUGGCCAGUCGUCAUUCGGUAGCCCAUCACCAUUUGGCGCAUCUGGGUUUGGGAAGCCAUCGAGUGGUGCUACAUUUGGAAGUCCCUCCACGAUGGGAGCCACUGCCUUUGGAAAGCCAUCUGCUCCGUCAUUUGGAAGCCCUUCUGGCCUUGGUGGCAAUGCGGCCCCGGCAUUUGGGAAGCCUUCAUUCGGCACUGGAACCGGCUUUGGUCAGACUAGCUCUCCAGGACAGCCCGCAUUUGGCAAGUCAGGAUUCGGUGCGGCAAGUUCGCCUUCGCCGUUUGGACAGCCUAGCACUCCAGGCAAAAGUCUCCUAGGUUCCGGAACUGGUGCGAGUGGUGGUGGGUUUAGCUCUUUCUCUGGAGGCGCUGGAGGAGGCGGGUUUGCUGGGUUCGCGGCUGCAAAGCCAGGAGACUCGCCUUUCGCACAGGCUUCGGGUGAUAACGCAUUCGCAAAGGCAUCCGCCCCUUCGCCUUUUGGAGCCAAACCUUCCGGCGGCACAGCUUUCCCACCGGCUAAGACUGCCGAGGUGAAGAAUCCAUUCGGAUCUGGAGCUACAUCUGAAUUUGGAUCUGCUAGUGGUUUUGUCCUUGGAUCCUCCUUCAAGGGUGAUGGCACAGCUGCAAACGAUCUGCCCAAACCAGAAAAGCCUUCAUCGGGCGCUCUAUCAUUUGGCGGAUUCGGCGAGUCGAUGUCUCUGUCUAACAAACCAAGCACUCCCGUGGAGUCCAUGGAUGACUCGGAGGACGUCCCUGCAGCUCAACCACCUAAGAGCCAGCCAGCUUCGCUAUUCGGUCUUCCGAGCAAGCCCGUGGCCCCGGCUUCAUCUUUGUUCGGUGCGCAGUCAACGCAACCUGCCAAGUCGCCUCCUCUUGAGACAGCCAAGUCCAGCUCGGGAUUCUCGAUGUUUGGGACCAGUUCUGCUGCUACACCACAGUCACCUUUCCAACCUUCGUCUCAAACACUGGUCACCAGCCCCCUAUCUGCACCUUCCGAUGUAACGGCCACUCCAAAGAAGGAGCCAUCCGUUACCACCCCUACCUUUUCCUCGCUGGAGGCACCAUUGCCACCUGACCCCACGAGCAGGGCUAGUUACGCGCCCGGAGACACGUCAGCUUCGUCGAAUGUCUCUAAGAGUUCCGUUGAGGAUGCUCCUCUUCCCCCGGAUUUCGUCCCCGAGAAGAAGUCCUCCCUCCAAUUUGACGACGCACCUCUCCCGCCCGAUUUCACCACGCAAAAGAAGGCUUUGCCAGAGGUAGACGACGCACCGCUGCCUCCUGAUUUCAUGACAAAGCCCAUCAAAACGGAGAGCCCUCCACCGGGACUUCCUGAGGAGGUUCCUGAAGAAGCGCCAUUGCCCCUCGACCCUAUUACGUCCAACGCAAAAGCCAUGCCGACAGAAGAGGCUGUCCCUAUCCCUGAGGGCUCCGAUGCCGAAUCGCAGGAUGCCGAUGAGUCUGACUUCAGUGACAGCGGGGAGGAGAUUACGCAUGACGAAACCAAGAUCCCGAGCCCUAAGCUUUCGGCUGGAACGUCCUUUGGCGGUCUGUCUGAUAAGAGCUCUACCGGUGGAUUCUUUAGUGGGUUCUCGAAGGCUGCACCGAAAGAAGAACCAAGCCAGCGUCCCCGACAGCUAUUUGGUGAGAUUUCCAAGCAGCCUGUCCUUCCGCCUCCAGCACCAGCGAUUCGAUCUGGCCGUGAGCCCUUCCGCUCACCUAGUCCCACUCGGAUCAACCCGCAAAAGAGCACGCUGUUCUCCCGGAAGCCAGAGGGCCGCCCAGCUGGAAGUGCGCUAGCUUCAAGAAAGGCUUCCUUGACUCAGAUUGCUCAACGUGAGGGUCAGCUACGGAAACCCAGUGAUGCUGCCAGACAGGAGCGUGCUCGCGCCGAGGCAUCUGCCCUGCGUCGGGCAGAGGAAGAGGUUCUUGCGCUUUCCGACGACGACGAAGAUGAUAGGCUCCGUGCCGAUCUUGCUCGCCCGGUUGAGCCUGUCGCUACGCUUGAUCCAUUCCUCCCCCAUCAGAACUACACUGGUGAUACUGUCAAGCCCGGCAUCCCGGGAAUGAUCGAGCGACUCUACCGUGAUAUCAACUCCAUGGUAGAUACCUUGGGCAUCAAUGCUCGGUCGCUGGAUUCUUUCCUACAAUUCCAGCAGCCUACUGACAGCUCUGACGCGGACAAGUGGAUUCACAUCUUGAAGAGUGACGACCCCGCUAAUGUCCUGGAUGAGGAAAUUCUCCUCCAGGAUAUAGAAAACCUCGAGGAUGUGGUCGCCGCGAUCUACAAAUACCUUGAGGAGCACCGUCUUCCCGACGCGGAGGAAAAGCUGAAGGAGUCCCGAGACCUGGCCACCGACAACAUUGUGAAGUUGCGAACUCAAUUUGGUAGCAUCCGCAAAACUCUAGAUGCGCUGAAUGACACUGGAGUCAUUCUCUCGGUACCGCUUUCUGCCGAGCAAGCUACAAUUCAGCACGAUUUGCGAACCAUGUUCAUAAAUCUUCAAGCCAAGAUGGCGGAACUCGAAGAAGGUGUGUCGAUGUUGCGUGCUAAGAUGGCCGAGUCCCCACGCCCCAAUGGAGCUGGCAGCAGGAAGCCGCCUACCAUGGGAGCCGUCACGUCGACUAUCGACACUUUGAUGGGCAUGGCCGAAAGAAAGAGUAGUGAAGUGGAUGUUCUGGAAGCUCAACUCAGGAAGUUAGGGAUUGACACCUCUUCGUCUCGCCCGGCCAGCCGUGAGGGGUCCCCAUUUACUACCCCCCGGAAGAACGUUGGUCGUUUCCCGGCCACACCCGGCUCUCGUGGAUCUAUUGAUGGCAGUGCUUAUCAUACCCCUGAGUCUGCUUCCCGUGGGGUUAAUUUCCGUGCCAGUAUCAAUGGCUCCGCGAAGCACAGUCGCCUGCGCAGUGUUGAUGUUGCAGGUCCCAUUACAUCUCGCGAGGAUACUAACCAGUGGAAGGUGAAAUCUCAACGCAGGAAGCAUUUGGUUGCAAGUUUGAAAGGUGCGAUCGAGAAGAAGGAAAAGAACGUGCGGGGAGUUGAUGAGUUCUAG